GGCCGGCGGCGGAGUCCAGGCUGGUGGGGCGAGGCUGCGGACGGGCUCGUUGGUUGGCUUGUUCGUUGGCUUGCCGCCUACUUGCCAAUGGGGAAGUGUGGGCCCGACUUUGUUCCGAGGUACUUUUGGCAGCCGGCUGGUCUGGUCAGGCCAGUCGCCGCUCGUUGCUUGUGUUAUGUAAGGCAGUGCGAAAGUUGGGCCCGGGGAGAAGCCAGCUCUGCCCGCGCACCAGCCCAGCGGGGCACCCCAUCCUUCCCUUGGCUGCUCCGGCCCGCGCAGCAGCGUUGCCAUGAGCCCGGAGGAGCCGCCUGCCCUCCCGGGGAACCUGAACGACCUGCCGGACGACGCGCCCGCCGUGAGAGCCGCCGUUGCUGAACUGCGGCACCGAGCCGAGGAAGGGCGCGUCCAGCCGUGGCCGCUCGGACUCUCGGACGCCUUCCUGUUGCGCUUCUUGCGCGCUCGAGACUUUCACCUGGACCAGGCGUGGAAGUUAUUGAAGAACUAUAAUAACUGGAGAGCUGAAUCCCCGGAGUUAAGUGCAGAUCUACGGCCUUCCUCCAUUUUAGGUCUUCUGAAUGCUGGUUACCACACAGUUCUAAGAGAGAGAGACCCAGCAGGGAGUAAAGUUAUCAUUUAUCGAAUUGCACAAUGGGACCCAAAAAUGUUUACAGCAUUUGAUGUGUUUCGUGUAAGUCUUAUCACGUCUGAACUUAUUGUAAGAGAGAUAGAGACCCAACGGAAUGGAGUCAAAGUUAUCUUUGACCUCCAAGGAUGGAGAUUUGCUCAUGCCUUCCAGAUCUCUCCAGUGGUGGCCAAGAGGAUUGCUGCUGUGCUCACAGAUUCCUUUCCACUAAAAGUCCGUGGUAUCCACUUGAUUAAUGAGCCUUUAUUCUUCCAUCCAGUCUUUGCUGUAAUUAAGCCUUUUCUUUCUGAAAAAAUCAAGGCACGGAUCCACAUGCACGGGUGUAGCUAUUUACAGACUCUCCAACAACACUUUCCAAGGAUUCUCCCAAAAGAAUAUGGUGGUGAGGCGGUCCCUAUGGAAGACCUCUCUCAGGAGUGGGCUGACUUUGUAAUAGAAUCUGCCAGUUAUCUUCAGAGCAUUUCUCAGUGCCCAUAGAAGCAAACUAGUUCUGGAGGGAACCCAGUAAUUUCAUGAGAUAAUAAUUGUUAAUUGUUCUGCAUUACUGGACCUGAUCUAAAAGUUAAGAUAGUUUCUGGCUGAUAAAAAUGUGAGUUGGCACAGAUUCUUCAAAAGUUAGUGAAGCCAAAGAACUACAACAGUACAGUUGGCAUUCAAAUGUGAAAUUAGUUUUGGAAGAUUAUCAAACGUUUUGAUAUCAGAAUAAUCUUGCAAGAAAAGAAGUGCCCUGUUUGCUGCAAUCUUAUUUUAAUGUGAAGACGAUCACAAGUAAAAGUAUAUGUUGCAACUAGUAGGCAUGUAUAUUUUACAGAAAUCUCUCAGCAACUUGUAAAGGGCUAAUUACAACAACUACUAACAUGUAGGCUAAAACCAUAAAAACUGCCUGUGCUGGAUCUAAUUCUUCAUCUAGUUCUUCAACAGUGCUGGUAUUUCUGUCUCAUGGCAAAUAGCCAUUGAUAAAUCCACUAAAUGAUCUAAUCCUUUUAAAAGCAAUCUAUAGAUGAUCUUGAUUACAAAUGAUUUAUAUGUACAGUACUUUCUUUUAUCAGUCCUGAAUUUACAGGAUCAAUGUGGAGUAUUUUUCCUACAGCAGUAUCUGGUAAUUUAGUAACUAUGCAAUUAGUUAUUGCUCCAUGCUGUGGGUUGGCAAAGGGCUAACUGAAACUGUAGUUGGUCUUGGAACUGUGCCUAAAUGUUGUUUAUGAUAAAUUCUCAGGGAUACUGAAAUUAUUCUCAGGUUAGUUAGGCUUGCUUAGGCGGGACAAUUUAGCAAUAGUGAGUCCUUGUUGCAAUUAAAUGUUUGUGCUACAAAGCUGUUAAUGCUCACUUAACAAGGGACACAAUAUAAGGUUUAUAAAACCAAUGUGAAUCUGAAAGAAGAAUAAGGCUCAGAAAUAAUACUGAUUUACUGACAGGUGGUGAUGCCUUCUUGAAACAGAUGCUCUUCUCAAACAAUAUUCAGGAAAAAUCCUUUGCACUUUCUUAACUCCUGAUUUCCUAACCAGUAAUCCAGUACACUGACUUUGUCAGUACUUCUGAAUUAUAGUUUGUAGCCUUCAGUGUUUGUUAGUGGAGUCACUUCAAUUAGAUAUACCUCAGACCUUGUAUAAGCUAACAAGUCUCACCAAUACAACAUCACAGAACAUAAUUCUGAUAUUUCAGCGAGGUUAUUAUGAUGUCAUAGACAGAUGCAGAUCCAGAUUCAGAACCAACCAGAACUGUUUACAAUCCAGAUUCAGAACCAUGGAGAUUUGGAACCAUUAUGCUGUGAGUGAAUUUAGAAACUUAAUUUAGUUUGUAUUAGCAUCUGCAAGCCACCUUACACUGAAUCAGGUAGUUGGGCCACCUCCCAAGAACUUUUUGCACACAAAACUUUUUCUCAGCCACCGUGACACCCCUUUCCUUUAAAAGUCAGUUUCUCUGGAAUUAAAUCCGGGGCCUCUUCUUCUACCCAAGCCCCUAGACCCAUAGGCCUGGCCUCAAAGGUACGACCACCCACUAGGCAGUUUAUCGUCUUUCCCUCUUUAUUAAAAAACAAGUUAGUUUUUUAAUAAAUAUAUAUGAUUUUAAAAUUAAGCUAUACAUUAACCAAAUGUGAUGGAAGUAAAUAAAAAUCAUCACACUUCUCUUCCACACACUUUCCUCUUAAUGGGCAACUACAUGAAAAUAUCUUUCCUGUUCUCUAUUACUGCCCUAGGAUGAAGGGGAAGAGUACCAUUUCCACUUGUGGAGAAGACAGACAGUCACAGCUAUAGCUGGAGGUCACCCAUAGCAUCCACUUAGAUCUUGCCUUGUCCUGCAAAAAUAGCAGUUACUUGCUCUUACACUUAAGCAUUUUUCAGCAGCUCAUAGCAGACUGGUACCAACUGUCCUCUUAACAGACAAAUUGACAGACUGCUCUGCUUUCAAAUACUUUCUAACAAGCUAUAAGCAGUAGGGGGCGUCGCCUUAGAAAAAAGAGUGGUGGAAUGCUGAUCCAUUUGUCAGAAUCACUGAGUUUUUGCUGCUAAUGUUACUUCUAAUUGCGCUAAUGCAAAAAAUAGGGUUGUGAGAUUCUCUUUAAACAUCUGGUUAAGUCAUUAAUCUCUUAUUCUUGGGGACCUACACAAUAGAAACAGUUUUUGGGAUGAGGUAAAAAGGCGUUCUUCCCUCAGAUUCAGAAAGAGAUAAAAGGAUGCCAAUAUGACCCUAAAAUUUUGCUUACAUGCUAUGGACACAUUACGUCAUAACCAUGUCUUAUACAAACACGCAGGAUAGCUCCAUCAUGUAUGCCACUCAUCAGUUUCCAAUACCACGACCAAUACUAUGGGUAUGGUGAGCCAAUCCUAAUUGUUUUGCAGUGGCUGUGAGAUGGUACGUACCUAAACUUUUUCAAACGCCAUUCUAUAACUUCCUUUCCCCACCCUUCUCUAAGCUCUAUCAUUGCCUUCUUUAACAGCACCACACUCUGGCUGGAAUCCAACAUGGUAACUUUCUACAGUGACUAUCUUACAAUUUUAUAAUUAUUGUGCUGCUAUUCUUUGAGAAGAAUGUGUUUCAGUAAACAUGACUUUUGAAACAUUUAAUUGAUUACUAUAGUUGUUUACAUUAAAAUAGCAAAUUCACACUAAGCGUGUCACUUCUGAAAUGACAAAUGUGAUUGCUUUGCAGAUAUAUAGGUGACAUUCGUUUUAUUGAUGGGAUAUAUAUUUAGUUUUCAGAAGUUUAUUUCAUUUUCUAUUUAACAACUUUAGACCUUUAUAGUUCGACUAAGCAUGACCUGCAGAGUGGGAAACAGAUGCUAUUUAGAAAUGAAAAUAUAUUAUUUCUCUGUUCUCUGAAAAACAACUUGUCAUCUAACCUGUUAUUGUACUAAAUUUUAUAAUUUUUCACACUUUACACUAUUCAAAGGAAAUUAAAAAUUCUAAA